AGUGCUAGGGGGAAAAAAAUCGUCUCUUAGCCUCCAUUUUGAGUAGUAUGGAAUAGCAUAGUUUGUAUCGACCACUACGCUGGCAGUGUCAACCUAAAAACGACACUAAGAGCCUCCGACAUGGACGACCUGUUCAGUCCGAGAAGGUAAUGGCGUUGCCUCGUACAUUUUUACAUUGUUUUAGACGCGAAUAUUUUAAAUGUCUGUUUACCUUGCCAUUUUUAUGACAUACUUGCAAUUGCAAUGGUCGCGAUGGCGUUAGCUCGAUCCAUGUAGCUAAAGCUAGCAAUCUAUCGUACGGAUAAAAUAUUUCAGUAUCUAGAUAUAUUUAAUUGAUCACGCGGUGCAUUGUGGAUUACUGUCAUCUGUGUCAAUUCAGCUGUCACAGAUUUGUUGUGGUUUCUGUCGAUUUUCACUUCGGCUCCCGGGAAAAGACUUAUGUCAAUACUCCAUUUUGCGAGACUGUCGGGCCACGUAAAUAGACAAUGACGAUGUGAGGAUGCUUAUUUUAAAUGUAAAGUAUGCGUUAUUAUACGCUUCAAAGCAACACGCAUCAGGCUAUGCUUAUUUUGUAAAAAGGCAAGUGUGAUAAGCAUUGCAAGUGGCUGGAGACAGGACUCGUUUAUGUAAUGUUUGGAGGGAACGUAAUAGCCGCAUUCAGAUUGGCUUUCACUGAUGGGUGGGCGGGAUUAAAGGAAACCGCUGUCCAAUUGAAAUGCAAGAUUAACCCAGUAAUAUGAAAUAUUUAGAUUAGGAUUAGGGAUUAAGAUUUUGCCUUGUGAUUUGUGUUAAAUAUGUUUAAUUCCUUUGCAUAUUGCAUGCACUAGUAUGUCAGAAAAAGGGAUGUAUCUAGCACUAGUUUUUUUCUGUUUUAGAACAGAACAUUAACAUUGCUAUAUGGUUAUAAACAUUACAAUGCAAUACAAUUUAACUGUCCAUAUGUUACAGCAAACAACAGAAAUUUGAUAGCACACAUCACACACAUUUGAGAGGAGCACAGGGUCAAGCUACAGUGCAGCGCCCCUGGAUGAAGAGCAUGUUGUGGGGUUAAGGGCCCUGCUCAAAGGCCCAACGGAGCCUGAACAGCACGCAGGGGGAGAUCAGAGUGGGAUCAAGUCAUCAGGCUAAGCUCCCUGAGCUGCAACCACGCCCUGUGUUUGGUGUUCAGACUCAGACAGAGAAUGAAGAGCUGGUGUGGAUGCCAGGGGUCAAUGAUUGUGACCUCCUCAUGUACCUCAGAGCUGCCAGGAGCAUGGCAGCGUUUGCAGGGAUGUGUGACGGAGGAUCCACAGAGGACGGGUGUUUGGCGGCCUCUCGUGACGACACCACACUCAACGCUUUAAACAUGUUACACGCCAGCCGUUACGACGCAGCUAAAGCUCUCCAGCGCCUAGUGAAGAAACCUGUGCCCAAACUCAUUGAGAAAUGUUGGUCAGAAGAUGAUGUGAAGCGGUUCAUCAAAGGUUUGAGACAGUACGGCAAGAAUUUCUUCAGGAUUCGCAAAGAGCUGCUGCCCAACAAGAAAACGGGGGAGUUGAUCACAUUCUACUAUCACUGGAAGAAGACGCCUGAGGCUGCAGGCACGCGGCCGUACCGUCAGCACCGUAGACAGCCGUCCUCACGCAAGGCCAAGACUCGUGCCACUGCUGCCACUGUGAACACACCUUCCCAGUCCCAAUCCAUGGACAUAAGUUCAGCCAGUGAGGACGACCUGGACAGUGAAGACAGCGAGCAAGGCACCUGUGGACACUGUGCCACAACCACCUCUAAGGACUGGCAGCACGGAGGCCGGGAUAACAUCCUCCUGUGUACCACCUGUCGUACCUACUACAACAAACAUGGCCGCCUGCCGCCUGGCCCUAAGCCUGCUGACCCUCCCUUCAUGUUCAAACCUGUCAAAGAGGAAGAGGAGGGCAACGGGAAGCAUGGCAUGAGGACGCGACGCAGCAGAACACCGUUGUCUUCAUUAAGAAGUGGCCACAAGAGGCUGACCGGCUCUCCUACCAGUGAAGACCAGCAGUCCAGUAGCCAUCCCUCUCCCGCCCCCAGUGGAGCUAGCUCCACCUCCAACGUAUCCAGAACCUCCUGUUUAGAGAAGACUGAUAACACAAAGAAGCCUGGCAAGAAGAUAAAGGAAGAGGCGCCCCUACCAAAGAGUACUAAACGUUCCAGGGAGAGUGCAGCCCAGGACCCAGAGGAGCCUGAGAGAACACCAACUAAAAGGACGAAGACACUGCAGGGUGAACAGGCAGAGUGCCGGUCGGAGGGCGAUGGAGAGGCUGAGGCAGAGGGGGGUGAGGUGGAGGAGGAGAGCUGCUCAGACAGCCGCAGUGCCCAGGACGACGGCAGCAGCGACACCAAAGACAUCGACCAGGACAACCGCUCCUCCUCCCCCAGCAUCCCCAGCCCUCGCCAGGGCAACGAGAGUGACUCCGACUCCUCUGCCCAGCACCUCCAGGGUGCCCACCAGGCAGCAGCAGAGACCGUCAGUGCCCCUGCUGCUGCCCUGGCUGAAACACAGACCCCACAGAUUGUUCCUCCACCACAGGUUGCAGGCUCAAACACAUCCCUGCCUCCCCAGGGUACCUCUCCCUCUGCAGAGCCUGGCCAGGUACAGGCCCAGGCAACCCCCUCCCCAGAGCCUCCCCAGUCUUCAGCCACCUCUGCUCAGGCUGGUCAGUCAGUUAGCUAUCAGACAAGUCCCCUACACAACCGACCCCCACCCCCCUCCUCUCACCCUCUCGCUGGCCCCUCACUCGUCCCUCCUCCACUGGGACAGGCCUUCCAUCCUCCAACUCCUGUAUUCCAGGGUCCUCUUCCUUCUCCUGGCUCUCUGCCUCCCACCCAGCCCCUGUCCCUCCAUGGUGCUCCCACCCAGUGCCCCCACCCCCAGCGACCCCCUCCUCACUUUCCCAGGGAACCCUUCUUCCCCCAGGCCCUCCCCCUCACCUCCGGGCCCCAAAUCAAACCACCCCCAACCACACCCAUCCCUCCAUCUCACAAGCAGCCACCACACCUCUCUUCUUCCCUUGCUCCCCCUUUCCCGCAGAUGCCGUCCAACCUGCCCCCUCCUCCGGCACUGAAGCCCCUCAACUCCCUGCCCAACCAGCACCCUCCCGGUGCCCCCCCCCCCCCCCUCCAGCUCAUGCCCCAGUCCCUGCCCAUGCAGCAGGGACUCCCACCCCAGCCUCCCGUGCUCACGCAGCUGCAGAACCUCCCUGGCAGAGGCAGCCACUCCCACCCCCACUCCUCCCACCCCCACUCCUCCCUGCCCUCCUGCUCUGCCCCCUCAGCCUUGCACCCUGUCCUCUCUGCCUCUUCUCCCUCUACCAUGGGUCCAGUCCCUAGUCUCCAGCCCUCCUUCCCCUCCCUGCGCCCCUCGCCUGGAAACCCCAUUGUCAUUGGAGGGUCACAUGUCCAGAUUAAAGAGGAGCCAUUGGAUGAAUGUGAGGAGCUUGAGAGUCCGCCCCCUCCACCCAGAAGUCCCUCACCGGAACCUUUGGUUGUCAACAUCGCCAGUCAUGCCAGCCAAUCAGCACGGUUUUUCAAACACCUGGACCGUGGCUACAACUCGUGCUCCAGAACAGACCUGUUCUUCACUCCCCUGGCCUCAUCCAAGCUGGCCAAGAAGAGAGAGGAGGCUGUGGAGAGAUCCAAGAGAGAGGCUGAGCACAAUGCCCGAGAGAGGGAGAAGGACAGAGAGAGGGAGAGGGAACGAGAGAGGCAGGAAGACAAAAAUGCUAGAGCGUCCAGCUCGUCCCACGACAGCCGUAUGAGUGAUGUCCAAAUGUCCGGCCAGGUCCACAUGCGCUCCUCCUUCGAGCAGCCCCCCACCAGUGUGGCCGCUGUGCCCCCUUACAUCGGCCCCGACACCCCGGCCCUGCGCACCCUCAGUGAGUACGCCCGACCCCACGUCAUGUCCCCCACCAAUCGCAACCACCCCUUCUUCGUGUCCCUGUCCCCCGGGGACCCUCUGCUGGCAUACCACAUGCCUGGCCUGUACGCCGCCGAGCCCAGCCUGAGAGAGAGGGAGCUCCGUAACCUCCGGGAGAGGGAGCUCCGCGAGAGGAUGAAGCCUGGCUUCGAGGUCAAGCCCCCGGAGAUGGAGACCAUGCAUCCAUCAGCCAACCCCAUGGAGCACUUUGCCAGACAUGGAGCCCUGGCCCUGCCGCACAUCGCUGGGCCGCCCCACCACCCCUUUGGCCACUUCCACCCGGUCAUGCAGAACCACCUGGAGAGGGAGAGGCAGGCACUGGCCCUGGCCGGGCCCCAGAUGCGUCCGGAGCUGAGCUACGCUGAGCGACUGACUGCUGAGAGGCUCCAUGCUGAGAGGAUGGCAUCUGUGGCUAACGACCCGGCCGCCAGGCUGCAGAUGCUCAACGUCACACCGCAUCACCACCAGCACUCCCACAUCCACUCACACCUGCACCUACAUCAGCAGGACCCACUCAACCAAGGUGAGGAUGUGUGUUACUGUCACCCAGGUAAUGGGCCCCACCCUCUGGAUCCCCUGGCUCCUGGGCCCCGUCUGGCCCGCUUCCCCUUCCCUGGAGGCCCCAUCCCCAACCCUCUGCUCAACGACCUGCCCCACGACCAUGACAUGUUGCGACACCCACUGUUUGCCUAUGCCGCUGUUGCAGGAGCAGGGUACCCCCGUGAGCUCCAGGGGCCCAUCCCCCAGAUGUCUGCAGCCCACCAGCUCCAGGCAAUGCACGCCCAGUCAGCAGAGUUGCAGAGGCUGGCCAUGGAGCAGCAGUGGCUACACGGACACCACCACCUACAACACGGGGGGCCUCUGCCCGGACAGGAGGAUUACUACAGCCGUCUGAAGAAAGAAGGUGACAAACCAUCGUGAGACACCUGACGAUGUGAGUCACCAUGGAAAUGCAUAAAGAGAUAGUAAUGCUGUGUACUUUUGAAAUACAUUAUGUGACAACUAAUCUUAGUUGAUCUUUUUUUAUUAGUCUAAAUGUAAUUGAGAGUUAAGAAUCUUUGUGGCUCAUAAGGCUUGUUUCUUGCUCAGCACUUAAAGGGAUAGUUUACUCCCAAAUCAUCGAAAGUUUGUGAGAGUAUUUCAUAUCUCAAUAAUGGUCUGUUAUAAAAGAUUAGCAUAGUUUCAGUUCCAUGCCAUUUUUUGUCUAAAAACGUUACACAUUUUUCCACUUAAUAUGGAUUUUGUAGCUUUUAGAUUUCUCCUAAUGCAAUAUAGCGGGCAGGAUCUACACAAUAGAUGGUGUGGAAUAUAGCUCACCUUUGAAGUUAUGAAAACAUCUGACAAACUUUGAUUAGGGGGUGACUAUCCUUUUACUUUCUAAACAGUCUGACUGAUCUCCUUGUACAGAAUGCCAUUUGAUAUUAUAUGUUUGGAUGAUUGACUGUAAUAACCUUGCAUGCCUGUUUCCCUUCGAUUUUCAUCAGAACUUAGAGUAGCGUUGCUAAUGUGUGAUUAGACAACAAAAAAAGCAUAGUAGAUUAAUUUUAUUCUAUAUCUGCAAAAUAUUUGUCUAAACCCUAAAGUUUUAUAUAUUUCAAGAUGUUUUCACAAUUUAACCUACGUCUGACACACAGUAACAUUUUUUAGAUUGUAAAUAAUACAUGUUCAAUAUUCUAUAUUAUUAACUAUGAUUAUUAUGAAUAUUAGUGAAUUCUUGACUUGGAAGCUGGCACAAUAAAGUUACAUUAUUUAGCUAUACACACAGAGUAUAUAGCGUUAUAAAGUAAAGUGAGUUAACACAGACAAUUAUAAAUUGGAGUAUCACUAUUGUCACCCCUGACAUAAAACGGUGUUUAGAACAGUGGAUCCAGAUAGUAAUAUUGUUUUGGUUAGACAAAACAGAAAAAGCAUUUAAACCUUGGCAUCUCUACCAUGGACAAACCCUGUUUGAAUAUUUAUGUGAAAUAAUAUGGAAAAACAAAGUGUAUGCAUUGCAUAUUUAUUUGAAUAAAUAACUCUGCAAUAA